AUGCAGAAUGGUGAAGUUGAAUUCAGUAUGGCAAUGUCUGACAGAGGAAUCCAAAAGAAAACUAUGAAGGCUGUCUGUAAGUUUCCAGGAGUCACUAUGAUAGACGUGAGGGAACAUGAUAAAAUAAAGGUGGCGGGAGAAUUUGAUAGCCAUGAAAUGAGGAAAAAACUGAGGAAGAUAUACAGAUAUGCUGAGAUUCUCCGGCCUGAAUCAGAGCCAACUGAUAGCCCGGUUCAAGGACUGGUUACGCCGGAAACUGAUGGUUGUACUGAUGGUUGUACAAGUUCUCUAAGGAGUUUUAAAGGAGGAGGGACCCACCAAAUAGAGAGAAAAGAGGAAGAAACAAAGCAAAAAGGCGCAGUAACACCAAGUGAACGUGAGCUUCACGGUUGGUUAGUUUCUAGUUUCCUCGGUCUUGGUCUUGAUCUAUGGCACAUUGGAGUUAUAUGCUUGAUUGGAAACUGCAUGUGUAUGGCUGCUUUUAUCACCGUCCAAGCACCGGUUUUGAAGAAGUAUCCUGCUUACCUUUCGGUUGCUGCGUUUUCAUACUUAUUCGGUACGUUAUUAAUGAUCACAACGGCUUUCGUGUUUGUUAGAGAGCCUAAAGAUUGGAGAUUGACGCAAUCAGAGAUUCUUGCAGUUAUAUUUGCGGGAGUGUUUGCAUCAGCUCUGAACUAUGGACUGUUGACAUGGUCUAAUAAAAUUAUUGGAGCUGCUUUGGUUUCUCUAUACAACCCUCUUCAGCCUGCAACAUCUGCCUUUUUAUCCACAAUUUUCCUCGGCAGUCCAAUCUAUCUUGGAAGCGUUGUGGGUGGAGUGCUCAUCAUUUCAGGGCUAUAUAUGGUUACGUGGGCAUCUUACAGAGAACAACACACAACAGUUUCAGGAAACGUGAUUGCUUCUUCUAGUGAUGUAAGAGUUUCGGAACCUUUCAUUUACAGAGAUGGGACUGGUGAAAAAAUUGCGUAAAAAGACAUCCAUUUUACCAUCAGACAAGAAGUA